GAUAUAUUUAAUAAUGUCUUUGGUCUGUUAGCAGCUGACGAGAAGGCAACGAAAUAAAAGAUGGUACCAUUUUAUUCUGCUAAAACUGUAGUUCUUGCAUUGUUCAAAGUCAUUAUAUUUCUUGACCUAAAGGCAGCAUUCGACUCUGUCGAUCGAGAAGUUCUCUGGAGAUGCUUGGCUGUAAAGGGAAUUCCGAGAAAAUAUAUUGAACUGAUUAAGGCACUCUACUCGUACUCAUACAGCCAGGUGAGGGCUUACGGCGAGCUGUCAUCCGAACUGGUGACGACUAGUGGUGUCCGUCAAAGAUGCCCAUUAUCCCCUUUUCUAUUCAACUUCAUCAUAGAUGUACUAAUGGACUUAACCCUGAGUGACUUCAGCGACUCAAGGAUUGACUUGCUACCAGGGAAUAAUCUCGUUGGCUUAGAAUAUGCAGACGAUAUAGUCCUUCUAGGCGAAGACGCUGACGAAAUGCAGUCUUCUAAACACCUUGAGCCGCAAUCUACGAAUGUUUGGCAUGCGAUUCGCUCCCGCCAAAUGCAAGAUGAUGUUACAGUACUGGACUACAUCGACGCCUAGUAUAAAAAUAGGAAGUGAAGUGGUAGAGCACGUUGACCGCUUCACCUAUUU